UCAGGUACUUUAAGGGAAGGAGCCUCGGCCUUUUCCGGACAUGUCUCACCUUCAGGACGUUCAGCACCUUCAGAAGUACCAUUAGUGCAAUUCGUACCAGGAGGAGUAACUUGGAGAAGAAUCUUAGUCUCACUCUCCGUAUCAGGGACUUGGUCGGAAAGAUCGGCGGCAGGCACUUCUUCAGCGAGGACGUGCACACACGCACAUGAGAGCAGGAGAGCGAGGAUACACAGCACGUGGCGCAUCAUUACUAUUGCAAUACUUCUUGCAGUAGUCUUACUUCAACCGCUUAGAAAAAAAACAGAAACAAAGUGA